GGGGUAGGUGUAAACUCGCAGUCUUAAUAUGGCUAGUCUUGGUGUGGAGAUAUUAAAGCAUGAAAGAGAGACCCUUCCACUCAUCAUACAGCCGAGAAAUAUUGAGAGCAGUAGCGUUGAGUACUUAAAGGAAUGGAUAGCAGAGAAUCAAGAGGCCAUCAAUAAAUAUUUACUGACAUAUGGUGCUGUUUUGUUCAGGGGUUUCUCUAUUGAGGAAGGUAUACAGUUCCAGGAAGCUGUCCAGUCUUAUGAGAAGGAGUUGAGUACAGAGUAUCGUGGUACAUCACCUCGUACACUUAUUCCAGGGACUCAGUUUGUUUUUUCUGCUAGUGAGUUACCAUCAUACUUCCCCAUACCCCAACAUCUGGAAAUGUCAUUUUUGCCUUGUCCUCCAAAGAAGAUAUUCUUCUGCUGCCUAGAGGCACCUACUUCACAAGGAGGCGAAACUACACUCUGUGAUUUCAAAAAAGUAUAUGAUCAGAUGGAUCCAUCAGUACGAGAUAAAUUUGAGUCAAAAGGCGUAGCUUACAUUAGAAAUUAUUCAUCAGUGAAGCCUUUCCUCUCACAGCCAUUGCAGCUUAAAGGAUGGAGCGCUGUGUUUGAGACAGAAAAGAAGGAGGAAGUGGAGAAAGAAUUAAGAAGGACUAAUAUGGAUUUCAAGUGGGGUGCUAAUGAUCAUUUAUGCAUUACUAACAAAGCUUCGGCAGUUGAAGUCCAUCCUGUUACAGGAGACAAGAUUUGGUUUAAUCAUCUUUCAAUAUUUCAUUGGGCUAUGCCCUAUCAAGAGUAUGGCUAUAUUUUUAAGCGAAUGAGAAAAAUCUUCUACCUUUUCCUGACAAUUAUAUCCUGGAUAAUACAAAACAUCUUUGUUGCAAUUAAAAAGCCUGCAGGUAUGGGAAUGCAUACCAUGUUUGGAGAUGGUAGCGAGAUUCCUUUGUCUGACGUGUCUCAUGUCAGAGAGAUCAUUCACAAGAAUAUGGUGUUUGAUAGAUGGAGGAAAGGAGACCUCUUGAUGAUUGAUAAUUUCCGUGUUUCUCAUGGAAGACAGCCUUACAGUGGUAAAAGAAAGAUAGUUGUGGCCUGGAGUCAUCCAUUGUUAAAACUGAGCUUAAAAUAACAUUAAGUUGUGUUUUUAUUAUCAUUAUUAUAAGCUAUAUACUUUAUGCUAUUUAAUGAUAACAAUAGUUAAGUGCUGCAUGUAGGCCGCCUUUUUGCAUAAUCAGAAUUUCAAAAAUUUAAA